AUGGCUCCAAGUAGUACUGGCGGACAUGGCGUACACAGUACACCGAGCAGAGAUCGCGAACGACUUCCAUUUCCACAGUCAGCGAAUCCAUCACCAGGUCCGCCUAUUCGCCAAUCUACCAGCUCUUCAGCAUCGUCCUCGUUCUCAACGAUACCCUCCACAUCCUCUCUCCCUUCAUCCGCAACCCCACAACCCGCCAUUUCUGUCGAUGCUCUAAUCAGGCAGCAUUCCUCAGCCGCAGAUCCCAUGGCCGCUGCUCUUGAACAAGCUGUGAACGAUCGCAACGUCCUUUCAGCUCAAAAUACACAGCUUUGGAAAUUGAUCGAAAAACAAAGGACCGGUUACAAUCAAAUCAUGAAAGAACUGGAGAGGAUAAGGAACGAGCGUGACACCUAUAAAGCCAAGCUUUCGAUGCUCAACGGGGGAAAUACACCAUUUCUCGAGAGGCGGCAAAAAAGUGGUGAUCGGACGACUAAACUUAGUUUGGCUGAACCACCCACCAGCCAGCAUAACAACAUAUCCUCUUUGUCACAGGCGAGGCAGCCACUUGGAAGGCAUAACUCUGACGAUACUGCAACGCCACGAUCUCACCACCUACAUUCAUCGAAAUCAUACGAACCCCUUUCUGCAAAAGUAACUGAAAGUCCUUUGCAGUCGAACACCAGUCAGUCGUUUCCCAGUCCUACGCCAUCAUCCAACCCCGCGCCACCCGCAUCCGCGCCCUCUCAUCUUAUGACCUCCCGAAACUCUAAACCAUCUCCAUCUCCACUUGUUAUGCCAUCGCGACCUGACAACGCUACGACGCUCUCUUCAGCCGUAUCUUCCACGUCAAAUCAUACCCAACACUCAAGACAGGCUGAACCCACCCCAUUGACAAACAACGGGAGCCACUCGAAUGCAAUGACGCCCUCACGGACGGUUGUUCUGCCGCCACGUAAAGCUAGCCUUGCUGAGAGCGUCAGUAGCGGGAGCAGCAUGAGUGCUCCCUCACCUUCCACUACAGCGUCGAGCAUCAUCCACAGCUAUGGUCAAAUAAACCACCCAAGUACCCCUGCCCAACCCCAAACACAGACCAGUUUACCGUCUCCAUUGGUAUCAAAUUCCGAAGCAUCGUAUACACGCCAACGCUCUUCAGCAUCCACCAUCACGCCAGCAACUCCCACUCAACCUGCCACUCCUCAGGUCAUCCCACCCACCACGCCAGCUGCCACCUUACAGCCCCAAUCCCAGCAGCUUCAAUUGCUUUCCACUAUUUCUGAAGGCCGCGGGCAUAUUUUGUCCCGCGACUCACGGAUCUCCUUGCCAGACGAGGCUAGACAGUACAUCGCCAACAUGACCGACUCUCCGUUUCCUAGUCCAAGAGUUGACGUUUUCGCUACCAGAUCUAAACUUUCACCAGUUCAUGCAGCGUCUCGAGAAAACGAAAAGAAUGAUAACGGGGAAAGCGAAUUUUUGGAUAUGGACGAAGAAGAUGAGGAUUCUGAAGAGGAAGAUGACAACUCUGCUUCCAUUGAUGAUUCCGAAAAUCAGCACAACCAAGUUCCCCAGAUCAUAAUACCCGUCCAAUCAACUUCAAAGUUUGACAGUGAGGUGCAUGCUCAACAAAACUUCUCACCCGAAGGGCCUCCUUCGGAUCAUGAGUACGGGAUACCUAUCGCUAGGCGCAAAGAGAAACCCCGUGGUGUUGUAGCAGAGGAGUUCCCACUCCCUCCACCGUCGAACAUCUAUGUUCACCAACACCAAGCUGCCAUCCCCCACGAUCCACAGCAUCAGUACCCUAGUCAGCAUGCGCCACAACACGGACAAGCACCCACAGUCUCGACACCUGGCCCGUCAACGUCAAAGCAUGCGCGAGCAAUGCCUGAUCAAUCCUUUGGUUCAUCGGCUUGGCCGAAUCCGCAGGAUUCAGAUUUGUCCCUGCCGGAGAACUCUUAUCCUCAACCCUCUCAUCGACAAAAUCCACAGCAGCAGCAGGCACGGGAUCAACAAAAACAGCAGCAGCAAGCGGUCCCUGCGUCCUUCCGUGCUCUUCCGCUCCUUCCGACUGAUCUUCCACAUACGACCAUCAAUGUCUCGCACUCUUUUGUGCGUCCAAAUGAUCGAGGGAAAGAAGUUCUUUCUUUUAUCGUCUAUGUGAGCCCGGGACUUAGCAAGGAGGGCUGGAAGGUCGAAAAGCUGUACUCGGACGUGCUAAGCCUGGACCAGCGAAUUCGAAGCAGCGUGGGUAAGGGGGUUGGAAAAAAGAUCGCCAACCUACCCGAAGGAAAACUUUGGAAGGAUCAUGCUCCUGCUAAGGUUGAUCAACGAAAGGCAGUCCUUGAAAACUACUUGCAGACUUUGAUAAAUCUGCCUGUCAAGAACAAUAACGAGGUUAUCGCGUUCUUCACGUCCGACAUUGUGCGGGAGACCAACCAACCUGUCAUGCAAAUCGGACACAAGGAGGGUUACUUGACGAAACGUGGAAAGAACUUUGGUGGGUGGAAGACGAGAUUCUUUGUUCUUCAAGGACCAGUGCUGGAGUACUACGAUUGCCGUGGAGGCGCCCAUCUUGGAUCGAUCACGAUUACAGGUGCCCAGAUCGCCCGUCAACACCGGACCGAGCGACUGCCAGCCACGGACGACGAAAAAGAAUACAGGCACGCGUUCCUCAUAGUCGAAGCGAAGAAGGGUCCUGGAGGCAACCACCCUCGUCACGUUUUGUGUGCCGAAAGUGACGAGGAUCGAGAUAGCUGGGUCGAAUUGCUUGUGCGCUAUUACACCGGCACCUACAGCGAGGAACUUGUUUUCAAUUCAAGCUCUGGCUUGACCGCAGUGAACAGCAUUGCGGCUUCCAUAGCCGCUCAAUCAGGCGCCACUGCACAUCCACGGUCCAGUACAAGCUCUAAUGACUCGCCAAUCUUGACACCUCGCAAACCACCUGUUCGAGGCAUGUCAAGGGACGAAGCCCUUGGUUCGCAAAUGCCUCUCGAUGCGAAUGGAAAGCUUUUCCAGCCGCCACCGCUUACACUGGAAGACUAUGUACGUUCAUCGAGCCCAUCCAAGUCCGUCGACCCCUCUCCCAUAGACCGCCCGGGGGGAGUUUCUUCUGAUCAUCAGAACCAAACUACGCGACGAACGAUGGAACGCGGGCUGGGCCUCCCGUCAAGCCUUCCUGAUUCAUCACCGCUGUCAGCCGCACAAGCAUUCCAUUCUGAACCAACCCUCGUGGGACAACGUGCCAACUCUGAACUCGGACAUUACCCAGAUAUGCACGACCCACGCAGUGGUCGACAUCAACGGCAGCCUGAACAUCGGUCAGAUGGACGAAAAUCAUUCCAUCCAACACUGAAUACGUUGGCAUCCGUCCCUUCCACUCCAGCUGGCCCUGAGCGCGCGUCCUCUCCAGAAAAAUUUGAUGUCAACGGCAAGGUUAAGAUCUCUGGUCCACUUAACGGUGCACCGAUCCCAUCAGGUUUUAAGUUUGGGGGAAAGGACGCCCCAUCUGCGGAAGCGACAGCAGCGGCCAAUGAUCGACGAGAAAAGGCAAAGUCUCGAUCCUUCUGGGGCUUUGGAAAAGCGAACGGUGAUAAAUCGCAUCCUCACGUGACAUACAUUUCUCGAGCCGUUUUUGGCGUGGCCUUGGAAGAGGCAUUGGAGGUUGCGCAAAUUUGUAACCUACCUGCGAUUGUCUUCCGCUCGAUUCAGUACCUGGAAGCGAAGAAGGCCGAUCAAGAGGAAGGUAUCUACCGUCUCAGUGGAAGCUCUGCUGUCAUCAAGAGCCUCAAGGAUAGGUUCAACAAUGAGGGCGAUGUCGAUCUUCUCGCUUCUGAUGAGUAUUGGGAUCCACACGCCAUUGCUGGUCUUCUCAAGAGCUUCCUGCGAGAACUCCCUGCAAGUAUCCUUACUCGCGACCUCCACCUUCGUUUCCUCUCUGUAAUCGGUACGUAUUCGAGCUGGUGUCGCGCACUUCUCGCAAGUGACCAAACAUUCCAUGCAGACUUUGUAGAUGCUCAAGAAAGGAUCAAAGAGCUUUCACAGUUGAUAUCCGCGCUUCCAAUAGCCAACUACAGCCUUCUCCGCGCACUAACUGCACACCUGAUCUUGAUUGUGCAAAAUUCUGGCGUCAACAAGAUGACGAUGCGAAACGUUGGGAUUGUGUUUAGCCCCACCCUUGGCAUUCCAGCAGGAGUGUUCAGCUUGAUGUUGGGGGAAUUCAAUCGCGUAUUCAACGUGGAUUCGGACUACGACGAUUAUGAAAGCCCCCGUGGCGAACAAAGUGGUGAAGCACUUUCACAGCAAGCUCCUGAACCCUUCCGGCGCAACAGUCGACAGUAUUCGGACGCUGCUGCUGAUCAACUCCUCGGGUUAUCAGGACGCACUCUGACCACACCCGCGGAGGAGACACAGUCUGAUGGAGAUGAUUUUUCACUUCAUGAUGAAAGUGGGACUGAAACAACUGAAGGCGAAAUCACCAUCGAGUCAUCAACUCCGUCCAGUCCAAUCCAAAGCGUCACGAAUCUAGGCCCGGACCCUGCCAUCCGCGUAACGCCCCCUGAGACGCCUACUGCUUCGAAGACGUCGAAAGCAUCCCACGUCGCCGCGAGUCGAGGUCUGAAUGUUGCGGUGACGACUUCGGAACGCGGAAACCGACACUCGAGGAUGAUGGGUCUGCCUUCAUCUCCUCGGCCGCAGAACUCUCCGUCACGACCACCAGAUUUACAAAUGUCCUGA